AUGGCGUGCUGCGCGGGUAAUAGUCGAGCCUCCAAGCGUGCCUCCAACGGUGCUGAGAAUGCUGACGCAGGUACUGCAAGUGGUGCGGGAACUAUUAAGGCCUUCCAUCUUUUAUCCCAUCUGUGAGCUGUUUCCAAGAAGAAAAGCGGAAGCAGAUGAUGGGAAUUGUAGUGAUCACCAAACGUCUAUCAUUUUUAUUCAUUGUAUGAUUUCUUUUGUAACUGCCGUGUUUCUAUUCGGGUCACAACUGAACGAGGCACCAGUUACUUGUAGCUACUACGUGGUUCGUAUGAAUGAAUGAAUGGAUUCCUGUGAGUUCUAAAACUUGCAAGAAGGACCCCUUGGCUAUGUACACGGUCUCCAUUUUGGCGUCUCCUUUGGCCGACGAACCCGAGGGGUCCUACACCGUGAUGACAGCUGAGGAAAAGGCGGCUUUGCAACAACUGCCAGGUGAGAAGCAAAUGCCCCAAGGCGAGGGUGAAGCUGCUCCGGAGGGGGAAGCCGUCCACCCAAUCGAAGAGGGGGAAGCGCUGACGGAUCGCGGCCUGUACCGCGACGCGCCGAGCCCCAACACGAUGUUUGGCGGAGUGGUGCCGGUCGGAGGGGGCUCCGGUGGACGCAAUUUCACCAUCCCGAAGAAGGCUGGAUCUGGAGAACCGACCUCUGGAGAGCCUAAGAGUGCCGAUGGUGCUCCAAAAUCUGGUGGCGGUAAAGUUUGGGUUGAACAUUCUGGCUUUGGAAAUCGGACCUAUGUCGGAAAAGCUGGCAGCAAAGACGCGCCUGCUUCUCGUGGUUCUGCCGCUGAAAAUAUCGCGAAUCAAACAUCGGCGGUGGAGCCCAUUUCAGCUGGAGGCCAAGGUGACGUCGAACCGGUGAAAACUUCCGACGUCGUACUCACGACACCGGAAGCUGCCCAAACUGCGACCGAAGCUGCUGCGCCACAGGCCCCUGUGUCUCCCGCAGAGAAGGGUGAGAAGGAGGAAGAACAACACCUUGAAGUGAACUCCUUGAAUCUUACGGCUUGAUGGUCAAACUAGAAGUUCUAGUAUGUAUCUGUAGUUCUACAGUCUUUUUUUUAGUCUUAAAUGAUGAUCUCUUCGUCGAAUAUGAAUAAAUAUUAUUUGUGAAUAAGCAGCAGGCAACGACUUAACUACUCCUGCUUAAGCAACUUCGUUACUACGUAACAACUGCUCACUAACUAGAAAAAGUUGUAUAUCUAUAAGAUAAGAACAACACUAGCUAUAGUAUGCUAGUCACAAAAAUUGAAAUCUCUUUUUCUAAUCUCCCGCAAGUCUCUGAGGGCGCACCGGUGGUUGCAAUGCAAGAAGUCGCUGGGGAAGCAAAUGCUGCUAUUCGGAAAAGCAUCGCGGCUGAGGGCGUUGCUGGUGUCAAAGAGCAGGCUCUCGCUGGCAUGAGGAAAAGCUCCAUGUACUGCGUCGCUGUCGUCGAGGAGGACAAAGCGAGUGUGCCCACUUCGGUGAAUCUGCAAGAAGUUGCGCAAAAGCGCAAGAGCCGCGUCGAGGCGGUGGCCGCUUUGGACAUGAAGAUGGCGGAAAAGCGAACGCAGGCUGUGAAGAGUAAGGUAAACCAGACGAAGUUGGACGCGGACGCUCUGGAACAACAGCGCAUUGAGGAACCGAUCACAGCUUUGGACUCGCCACGUAUGGUCGCGAAGAAGAAGGCACACCGAGUGCCGCACCCGCACCACGACAGACCGCAGUACAAAAAUCUUAGCUACACGCCAAACGCGAGAAAGUAA